AUGUGGAAGAAGAUCCAUAAACCUCGAGACUGGGCAAAGCCCCAAGACCAGACUGUCACCGUCUCCGCGAGUGAUAAGAUACAUGCCCUAUCUGGAUUUGGUCACGGAGGCUAUUCGUCUACUUAUGGAUCAAAAACACCUCAGUCGAAAAUUAUAGCAUCCGAACCUAUACCGAAACCUUCAUACCAAGCAGCACAUGCACGGAACACCUCGUCGGUUUAUUCUCGAGACUCGAUGGCGCAUCCGCAAAACCAUGGCGAUUCUUAUCACUCUUACUCGGUAUACUAUUCGGGGUACGGUGAUCGUGAUGUGUCCCCUCCGGUUUCACCCAUCCGUGAACAUUACUGUUCAUCAAAGGACAGCCAAAAUGUUUCUCCUAUCGAAGAGCCCACAGACAGCCCUACCAUGGAUAGAUAUAGCAACGGAAGUAGCCUUCCUAACCGGGUUGGGUACGCAACUGAUGGUAUAAAGCCAUCGACUACCGAAAAUCAACCUUUAACGAAAUGGGAUGACUAUUCAGGUGAACCAGCGAGUGAUAACGGUAAAUAUGCGCAAGUUACUCGAGGAAACUUGGAACUUGAAGGGUAUUCUAGGGCCAGUGCGUUUCAGAAUUCAAGACUUGAUUUGAAGAGUAUGGAGUCAAACCCAAGCCGCAUGAAUGUUCCUAAGACCCGACGCCGAACAGACUCUGAUACCUCCGCUUAUGACAAACCUCCUCCACCACCUUUAAAAGAUGGAGGGUAUAGAAGCCGAUCUAGUUCACAGCUAGGUGGUGGUAAGCUUGCAACAGCAAGACCAUACAACGUUAGAGAUAACAAGGCACUUCCAGAGGCACCUAAACCGAGACCGGCAGUUCCUCAAAAAGACAGAGUACCUGCGACAGCGACUCCUGCACCAUUGACUAUCCCUAACUCAACGUAUUCAAGUCUUUUUGAUGAAUCCUUACAAAUCAUUCCUGCGUCGGUAUCAAGAGAAAUUGGCAAGUUUGGUGCGGCUGCUGGGCAGACCAACCAAGAAUUAAUGAAAGAAAGAGACGGAUUAAGUGAUACUUUGACGCAACGAUUCCGGGGCAUGGGACUUUCCCAGGAACCAUGUAGCCGCUUCAGCACGACAACAUACGCAACGACUGAACCUGGAAGCCCUCCGCCAAACUCAGAUGCGUUUGAUCAACCGCUGCCAGAUAUUGGGUCUCGAAUGCAACAGUUCUCCGUCAAAAACACCACUCGUAAGCCUACUCCGUCGCAGAUGACCACGGUCUCCGAAACUGGAACGUCACCGCAGGCCCAGCCUGAGACAAACAUUACUACUCGAAUCGAGGAUAUCAAAGCUAAGCUUGCCGACCUUGCUCGUCGAAAGACGAAUAUCGACACAAUGAUCCAUGAGUUGACACAGGUUAUCCAGCCUAGCUCGAUAGCAUAUGAUAUGGCAACCAGAAGCGAAGUGAGCAAAACUGUGACAAGCCUAAACAACGAAUUAGCGGAUAUCAAAAAGGAGGAGCAUGAGCUUGGGCUAAAAUUACUUCGUGCGUACAAGAAGAGAGACAAGGGUGACAUAUAUGCCAACGAACCAACGCUGUGGGUAAAACGGGUUACGAGUUGA